GGAUUUAGUGUGGUGGCGAGUCGAUAUUGGACCUACCAGACUUGGCAUCGCCAACUUUUUCCGACAUUGACAUCUUCCCCGUGCGUUGAUUGAAACAUCCGCCACUGCUCGUUUCGACCAGAGAUAUUUGCUCUCCCAGGGAUUGAACUUCGAAAACUAGUGCUUGAAAAGCCAGACGAGUCUCUUUGCCCCAGCCAUCGAAUAUCUUCAUUCGACUCUUGUUACUCUCGUUACAGUCACGUCACAAUGAAGCAGGAGCAGCACGAGGUACUGAGCACAGACCACGUGAAACUCUGCGUCAAUACAUGGCCGGCGCGGCCGAGCUUCGACGGUGGAGAGUACGAGCAGCAGAAGAAGCAGGCGCUGCUGGCGGUGAUCGUGCACCCCUACACGCGCAUGGGUGGCUCGCAGGCCGUCACGCAGGGGCUUGCGGAAAGCCUGUGUCUGCGCGGAUUCAAUGUGGUGACGUUUGAUCUGAGGGGCGCAGGCAAGUCAACGGGGCAUGCAUCGUUCACAGGGGAGCCCGAGGUGGGGGAUGUGAUGGCCGUGUGCCGGUGGGCGGCGGACAAGUACAGCCAGAGAAUACUGCUGGUGGGGUCCUCGGCAGGAGCGCCCAUUGCUGGCUCUGCGCUGCCGCACUGCCCUCAAGUGGACCUGUACGUGGGCAUCGGCUACACGUUCGGCAUCUUCUCCUCGCUGCUCUUCGGCUCGCACUACGCCCCCGUGCUCGCGUGGGCGGGCCCCAAGCUGUUCAUCAUGGGCGCCAAGGACGAGUUCACCACCAAGAAGCAGCUGGAGGCGCGCGUGGCAAAGGCGCAGGGCGUGGCGACAACCGCCAUUGUGGAGGGCGUGGGACACUUUGGGCUCGAGGGCCCGGCGUAUGACCAGGAGGUGGCCAAGAUUGUGGGGGAGUUCGUGGCUGAGCAGCCCCAUGGCGGGGUUGGAGGAGGGCCUGCUGCUGGUGGAGCGGGGGCCGACGGUGAGAAGGAUGCGGCCAAAGAGGGCAGCAGCUAGGUGUUCAGGGCGAGGGCACGGCGCAUGACGUGGAAGAGCCAAAGAUUGUUGGGAAGUUUGUUACCGAGCAGCCCCAUGGCGGGGUUGGAGGGGGAGAUUAGAAAAAGUAGCUAGAAACGGGAUUAAUGAUUUCAGGUAGUGCUACGAUGGCAUUGGUUUUGGACACAAGCUUUUCAUUAGGCUGCUCUUUGGGUACCAUAUAAGGUUAGGUAAAUAGUUGUAUUGUUCAUGUGUUUACAACAUCGUCAUUUUAGUUGUGCAAUUCAGU